CUUCUUCCGAGCACUAAUCCAAUACUCAUCAAGUCUCAUUUUGAACACGCGACUAAGAAAAUGCCAUCCCUUCCGAAAACAUACAAAGUCGCGGUCUUUGAGAAGAAAGGUGCGCCUUUCUCUCUCCAAGAUCGUGAAUUGAAGCUUCCUGCCCAAGGCGAGGUUCUUGUCAAAGUCAUUGCAUCUGGAGUCUGUCGCUCUGAUGAUGAUGGUGUGAAGGAAGCAGAAUUUGGUAACUCAUUUCCGAUUGUACCUGGCCAUGAAAUUAUUGGAGAAAUAGCAAGUGUUCCAGAUGGAGAAAAGAGAUGGAAAGUCGGUGAUCGGGUUGGUGGCCCAUGGCACGGAGGCCAUGAUAGAGUUUGCAAACAAUGUCAGCGCGGACAAUUGUAAGUGUAUUCUGAAUUGGUUCUUUUCCGUUCAUUAGGAGAGGCAUGGGAUCGUAUACUCUCUCAAAAUAAGACAAAGUCUUGUUCUGCCAGCUGUUUUGAAAAUCCAGAAACUUGCCGAAUAAGACAAUGCAAAUUCCGAGAUCUUCUGCAGUCAAAUGUGUCAAGAUGGAGCCAUCAAUGGAGUGACUCGAGACGGAGGUUAUGCCGAAUAUGUCCUAUUGCGAUCAGAGGCAGUCGUCAACGUUCCCAAGGAUGUUGAUUCAGUAGAAUAUGCGCCAAUUCUCUGCGCUGGUAUCACAGUCUUCAAUUCCAUCCGAAAGUGCAAAAUUACACCUGGCGACCUGGUUGCCGUCCAAGGACUUGGGGGACUGGGCCACUUGGCUGUUCAAUAUGCCAACAAGAUGGGAUAUAAAGUCGUUGCUCUCAGUUCAGGCGGUUCGAAAAAAGACUUUGCUGAUAAACUUGGUGCACACGAGUACAUUGAUACCACCAAAGAAGACGCAAGCAAGAAAUUGAUGGAGAUGGGAGGAGCCGCUUUGAUUGUCUGUACCGCUCCAAAUCCCAAGGCCAUCAGUCCUCUUACUGCUGGUCUGGAACCUGGUGGAAGAGUGUUGAUUCUUUCGCCCUGCGGUCCAGUCGAGGUCAAUUCAGUAGAUUUGAUCAUGAGAGCCGCAUCUGUUGCCGGCUUCCCUAGAGGCCACGCCUUGGACAGUGAGGAGGCCAUUGCAUUCACCAAACUUCAUGGUAUCAAAUGUAUGGUCGAGAAGUUCCCAUUUAAGGACGUACAGAAAGCUUACGAGCACAUGAUGAGUGGUGAUGUUCGCUUCCGAUGUGUUUUGGUCAUGUAG